AUGAAGCCGGAAGUAGAAGGACAACGAAAAAGCCACACAAAUGAAAAGAGUCGAGGUGACAAAUGUAAACAAAAGUCGCAUGAGAAUCUUGAGAAGCUUUCCAAGUUGAUAAAGUCGACCCGUCAUAAAUGGUUUAACGACCUUGCUCGUAAAGCAAAUUUUCGAAAUUUUUUCGGGUUUGAGCAGUUGCCGACUUAUGGGCGUUCCUGGAAAAGUCGCCAGUCUGUCAUUUCUUUUCAAUUAGUUGUGUGUUUUCAAACAGAAGGUUGAGAGCGUCUAACAUGAACUGGAGCGGGAAAAGAGACCUUAAUUUUUGAAGAUCAAUUUUUUUUUUGUACAGAAACUGUUACAUCUCAAUCAUCUCAAAGCCACCUAAUGGUUUCUAGAAAAAAAAAGUUGAGCAUGAAUUUUUUUAAAUAACAAUAAAAAACAGACUUAUGGUGUAAAAGUUCUUGAGGCGGUGUUUUCAAAAAAGUUGAUUUCGGGGCAAGGAAAAAAUAAACAGCUGGAGCGGUUCUUACUAAAUAAAAAGAGUGUCGUAAAAAUCGCGACCGUUGGUGUUUCAAACCCAAAACAUUUUGCUGCUUUUGCUCAGUAUGACGUCCGCUUGCAUUGUCAUAAACACUUGCAUAUUUGCAGAAUUUGAUAUAGAGUGGCUCUCAAUAGAUCUAAUGGAUUUUACUAGAUAAGUUUAGAAAGAGUCAAAACAGAGUUUCUAAUUUGUAUUUGCAAACUGUGGCCUUUUACAAGCAAUCCUCGCAAUUAUAGGCGAUUCAGGGCUAGCUUGGGACGCAAAAAGGCGUGGCCUGUCUGCACUCUCCACCAACCAGGCACUUUCUCGUCUCUUUUCGUGUGUGUGGGACCUUUUCUCGACGGCUUAAACCAGCCGUGAAUCAGCUAUAAUGGAAAUUUCUGCAACCGCUGCAAUUUUAGCUCAAGAUUUUCCUGGAGUACAGUACGAAAACAGUACUUUGUCGCGUCUCCGCUUUGCUGAUGACGUCGUGCUGUUUAAAUCCAGCGCGCAGAAGAUCCAAGAAAUGGCUAACGAGUUGGCGAAAGAAAGCAAGAAGGCCGGCUUGGCAAUCAACUUCGCGAAAACGUUCAUAAUGGCUAAUCGAGCCAAAAGAAAUGUCGAGAUUGAUGGAAAAAGGAUCUCCUACAUGGAUGGGUUCAUCUACCUCGGUACCCAUCUCCACUUAGCUGGUGGCUCAAAAACCGAAAUCCAACGCAGAAUUCGUUCUUCAUGGAGCGGCUUCCACAAGUUCAAAACGUACUUAACACGAAGAAACGUUUCCAAUAUACACAAAGCCAAGAUCUACAACAUGUGUAUUGAACCAGCCUUUCUCUAUGGUUCGGAAAAAUGGAAUUUAAAGAAGAAAGAGAGGGACCUUCCCGCAACAGCACAGCGGGAAAUGAUGCGAUGGAUGCUCGGAGUAACAUUGCUCGACAGAAGAAGAAACUCUUGAAAAGUUGAAGCUACGCGAAGUUCGGUCGGAAGCUGUGAAGAGAAAAUGGAUUUUCGCAAAGAAGAUCGCUACGGGAGAAGACACAUGGGCGAAGAAAAUCGUGGAAUGGCGUCCAUGGGCGAAAACUCGCGAAGUUGGACGACCUAAACCUCGUUGGCGAGAUGACCUACGAGCAGUUCUUGGUGAAAGAUGGGCGACAGUUGCGCGAACCGACAAAAAUCUCUUCAAAUAUUCCAUGAUUCAGCAGAUUCAUGAUUACUCUGAGGACUGA